GGAUUUCCGAAUAUUUUUUUAUUUAUUUUCUAAAUAACGGGAGGGCGAGUUUCCUGUUGACCGUCUAGUCAUACUCAUAUCUCAACGGGUUGCUUAAGGUGAUGGAGACUUGACCCAAGCAGUUUGACGCAUACGAAAGGUCUGACGAAAGGAUACUGGCCUCACCCAUAUCCUAGACUCGGCUGGACGUAUUGAUGUAGUAUUCUGCUGAACCGAAUCGGACACGAAGUCACCUGAGCUGGAACCCGGGGAUGUGAGCGGACAGGCUAACGGGACGAGUAACGGGGUGGUAUGGAAAUAUAAACCGAAAAGAGCACAGAUUACAGGAUUGCUGUUAGGACGAAAUAAAUAAAUCUACAUACAGAAUAAGCAACAAAACCGUGUUCUCCUGGGAACUGGGACAGGACCGAUAGUUAGGUGUCUCCCCUUGGGACUAAGAAGGGAACAGUUUAGGUUUAGUGAGUGGCACACUUAAUGCCUUGCUGAUUCAUACGUACAAGGGAUUAGACAAAUCAGUAUAUAGUUGGAAAAUUAAAUACAGAACCCGGGAGAGCAAGGGGACAUAAUGGGAAUUUAUAACAGUAAGCCUGUUAAUCGCCGCACAGGGGGAUCAAAAUCAUUAGUGCUGGAAGGAUUAUUUUCGGAGGAUCAACAGACGCCCCGUAAAAAUGGGUCUCCUAGAAAAUUUAUAGAAAAGAAAACAGGUUUAGAUUUAUCCUAUUAUUUUUUUCCCCUCCUCAGAACCGACCUCAGACACCUCUAUUAUUCCCCUCCUCUAUUCCCCAUUCCGACUGUCCCCCCCUGCACUACAACUAGCAGAAGUUUCCCCUGAUGAUUCCCCAGGCACAGACUCACCCUGUACUAGACAAACCCCCGUCUCCAAAUGCACUCGAAGUCAAACCUCCACUCACAAACCAGCUCCAACUUUUUUCUCCUCUAAUCCUUCACUUACUUGCCCUUUAAUAGAAGUUCCCAAUCCCCAUUAUAACCCUGCCCAUCCAGCUGGACCCCAAAAUCCCACAACAGUUAUGAUAAAUCGGAAUUGGGACAUCCAAGAACUAAAAGAUGUCGUGAAUGCACUUCCAGAUCCAAAGGAAGUAGGAGGACUAAAAUUUGUUGAACAACUUGAUCAAUUAGAUAGCAUGUAUAAGCCUAAUGCUGCUGAAUGGACCCAGGUACUUCGUCGAAAGUUUGGGACCACAUGGGCCACUGUUAGCAGGGGUGUCCGCAAUGACAUUCCAUGGGUAUGGAACCCAGCUUUAACUCGAGGACAGGGGAUAGGUGGAGAAGGCGAAUUUAACUCACAAUGGGAGGCGUUGAGACAAAAUAUUGCAGAAACAUAUAAAAAAGGAACGGACUGGUCCCUUAUUUCUGCUGCAAAACAAAAGAGAGACGAAACAGUUGAUGAAUGGGCACAUAGGAUUCAAGACCUUAUGGCUAAUCACUCGGGCUUGGGAAAUGCUGAUGACCGCACCCGAGCUGCAGUUCCACCUUUUGUUUCCGGCUUGCGCCUUGAUAUACAAAACAAAGUCCGCACUUCCUGUAUUGAGUGGGAAAGUGCCACGUUUGAUGAAGUCAAACGACAUGCUGAACAGGCCGAAUCGGACUCUCAUGCCAAAUUAUUGGUAGCACAGAUGAACUAUUAUACCAGGAAUGCUCCUGACCAAGGUCGAGGAUAUGGCUUUAGAGGAAGGGGACGAGGACGAGGAAGAGGACGAGGUGGUUUUAGAGCUCCUCCUGUUGACCACACUAAGAAUCCUUUUAUUCCCUCUCCCUUUAAUCCCAAUGUUAAUUCCUACUCUUGUUACGCCUGUGGUGAAACUGGACAUUUUCGUCGGGAGUGCCCUCACAGACAGCAACAGCCCCCACCUCCCCUUAUUCCACCUGUUUCCUCUGACACCCCUGACUAACAAUACUGGCCAUAGGAAAACACUGGGACCUCCAGCCACUCUUUUCAACUACCUUUGCUCACCCAUAAUUCAGAGACUGAUCCUUUACUGACAUUGUUCGUUGAUGGCACUAAGACUGUUUUCUUAAUCGAUACUGGUGCCACUCGCUUGCUGGCAAAGGUCCCUACCUCGAACAAAACUGUUACUGUGCUUACUGCUUCUGGACAACCUCAUCUUCUUCAAGUAUCAAAACCUCUUCAAGUCCAGUCACGUCCUGGCGGACAUACCUUACUGCAUCGUUUUCUUUUGAAUCAGCUUUGUUUUUUCUGUUCAACCCCCAAGUUGUUGUGUCAAAUUACCCCUUAUCCCAAACCCUCUUUUGCAGCAUGGACUUUAGAUAUUUCCCCACACACCAUUCUCCUCAAAGCCCUACAUUCUUUUUCCCCUUGUCUUUUUCCCAAUUUACAGGCCCCUGACAUUUUACACUGUACUGCCCAAUACUUCCCUAUAGAAGUAGACACCACCUGGCUAGAAUCUUUCCUUACUUCUGGUACUUGCCCCGAAACCCUUCACAUCUACUGUGUUUUUAUUUCAUCCACAAAGGCAGCUGCUUCUGUUCAUCUUACAUGCUCACAGCACAUAUAUUAUCUUGGCGGCAUAGUGCCUCAUUUUUCCUUAGCUAAAUCACACACUGUUAAUGGGAGAAAAUAGGGCCAUGGGUGGAAAAAUGCCUUGAAAGAACAGACUGGUUACAAGUUACUCCAGGUAUUUUUGAUACUCCUGACCAUUUAAUAACUAAAGUAGUGUUUCAAAGGAUAGCCCACUGUGAGCCUCUGGUGAUCCACCCGAAGUCCUCCUUCCGCCCGCACCGUGCCCAAUAUCCUUUGUCUCCCGAAGCAGAGGCUGGCAUCUCCGCCGUACAUCCCGAUCUCGUCAAACGCGGUACCGCCGAUGGACAUGGACCGUCAUGCCUCAGGGAUACAGAGAAGCCCUUUUGUGUUUAUGGUUAAGCUCUUGCCCAAAAAAAAAAAAAAAAAAAAAAAAAAAAAAAAAAAAAAAAAAAAAAAAAAAAAAUUUAGAAGGCUUUUGGCCGGACGGGAUACAGUAUGUAGAUAGAAGGCUUUUGGCCGGACGGGAUACAGUAGCGCUACAGAAGAAAAAAAAAAAAUUGUACAAUGAAUACCCAGAAAUUGUUGCUGUUUUUGGGGGACAAUGGCCAUAAAGUUUCUAAAAGUUAAGCUGCAGCUAAUCAAAACAACUGUAAAAUCGCAUUACAGCCACUGCAGACAGUGGGUUCUAAAUUUUACUGAAAGAGCACAGCCGUUGCAACAACUGGCUGAGAAGGCUCUGUAACCUCAAAACUACUCUUUUAUCUGCGCCCGCGCUAGGUUUGCCUGAUCAUUCUCGUCCAUUCACUUUGUUCGUGGACGAAAAGCAGGGAUUUAUGAAUUCAAAACAAAACACAACAUGGAGAUAAACAAAGACCGGUGACUUAUUUUUUCUAAAACAAAACUGGAUCCAGUGGCCGCAGCAUUUCCUCCGUGUCUUCGUGCUGUGGCUGCAACAACAGAAGCUGUAUUAGCAAGCACGGAUGUAGUUCUCAUGAAAUUUCUUCUGUCCUUUUCUUUUUUCUUGUGAGUUAAUAUUCUCUGUGACUGUAGCCUUUUUUUCUGGGAAUGCGGUUUUGCUGUGGUAUCGUACCGUGUGGUUUCUCGAUAGUUGGAUUUGUCCUUGUUGUCGUAAUUGGAUCGCCACGGAAGUUUUUCUUCCUUGAUUGUCGCUGACUCAGUUCGCCAACGAAGUCUCCUUGAUCUGGAAACCGGCGCCGUUUAGCUGAGCAGGAUUGUGUUAACACCAGCUAACAUCAUGAGAGGCUGUUUUAUGUUUGUUUGUCCUGAAGAGUUGAACUUGCUUUUCUUCAGAGUCCAUUCGUUUCUGUUUCCUUUGCUGCAUUGUUUCCAAAUAUAGUGUAAAUAUAGAAUAAUACUGGGGUGAAGUGUGUUGAAAAUGCUUUGGGUGAUUUUGUAUGUUAUAGAGUGUAUUAAAAGGGAUCCCUAUGAGUAUCAGAAUGUACUCUGUACUUUGUCAAAUGCUACAAUUGAAAAAUGGAGCGCCCUCAACCAGUUACGCAGUGGUCCAAGGGGACCGCCUGCUGGAAGCAAAUCAAAUUUCAUAAAGCUAAGUGCACAAAACAGCUGAACUCGUAGCACUCACUUAAGCAUGUCAGCUGUCCGAAGGGAAGAUCGUAACAAUUUAUACAGAUUCCAGUCUUGCAGGUUUGCGAACCUCGUUGAAGGAAAUCCACCAGCAGGUUGAUCAAGCCUGGAGGACCAGCCCCCUUUCCAAGGAUUUACCAAUUCGUUUGGGCACCUGGAUCCUGGUUCGAGAUACUCGGAGGAAACACUGGCAUCAGCCUAGGUGGAGAGGACCAUUCCAAAUUCUUCUAUCCACACCACACGCCGUGAAAGUUGAGGGACUGCCUGCCUGGAUUCACGCCUCACAUUGCAAGAGAUGGCACCCUUGAUUGCUGUGCUACUAUGUUUUUCUUUUCCCUUGUCUACUGCCCUGGUCACCUUGACUUUCCCGUUGGGAAUCACCACAUCAGUGCAGUUUGAUUUCUGCUCUAUUAUCAACUGUGGGACUGGUCGACAAGCCCAGUGGACCGGAUCUGACAAAUACGUGUGUAUGAGGGGAAGUGACUGCGACAACUGGCAAUGGGUUUUUGCUAACACUGGAACUGAGGACUGGGGUUAUCAACCUUUUGAGGCCCAAAAAUACGGUUUGAAAAAUCGGUUUUCUAUCAUAAAAGGACAUGCCUCGCAUUGUAUGUGCUGACAACCAUUGUAACUCAGGUAUUUAUGUAUUAGGGGUAUAUGUAUCUGGAACAGACCCUUUAGGGAGAUUUCUAAUUAAGAUUGACAAUCCUGUUACUAACACCCCUCAUUCUCUGGCACACACACCCAUCUCCCCAACUUUUGGUUCAGAUUUUUCUCCUGUUAGGAUUAUGAAUAUUUCUACCCUUUCAUCCACUUUUUCAUUUGUCACCUUUCCCCCUAAUUGGUCUGGUACCUGUGCUCCAAUCCAAUUAGUUAUGCCUUUUAGACUUCUAUGCCUUUUAGACUUCUAUCCUUACCUCCCUCUCACUCCCCAUAUUAUUCCACACCUCCUUUUUUAUUUCCGACAUACCCGCUCCCUUUUCCAUACGCCUACUGAUAUCUCCUUACAUGGCCCUGGAGUAUACAUAGAUGCUAUUGGAGUCCCUAGGGGUGUCCCAGACAGAUUUAAAGCUAGGAAUCAAGUCGCAGCCGGUUUUGAAUCUAUCAUACCCCAAAUUACUAUUAAUAAGAAUGUAGACUGGAUUAAUUAUAACCAACAACGUUUCCUUAACUUCACCAAAGACGCUAUUGAAGGUAUACAUGAACAGCUUGAUCGUACUUCUCUGAUGACUUGGCAAAAUCGUCUAGCCUUGGACAUGUUACUUGCCGAAAAGGGAGGUGUUUGUGCUAUGUUUGGUGAUGCUUGUUGUACAUAUAUUCCAAAUAAUACCGCGCCAGAUGGAUCAAUAACUCGUGCAUUGGCAGGCCUCACUGCUCUCUCUAAAGAACUUUCCACUAAUUCUGGCAUUACAAAUCCCUGGGAUCAGUGGUUUGCAUCCUCCUUUGGGUCCUGGGGACAAUGGAUAAGAUCUGUUUUCAUUUCUUUGGUUGUGACAUUUUGUCUCCUCCUCCUGGUUGGUUGUUGUAUUAUCCCUUUGUUUCGCUAUAUAAUAUCUAAGUACUUUACCGCCUCUAUGGAAAGGGCAUAUGUGCUACAUGAUGAGCGCAUGUCUCGUAUAGCUUCUUCCAUUUUCUCUCCCCUUUCCCUUUCAUCAACCAUUUCAAAAUAGAAUUUAUAGGCCCACAUCAUUUUUGUUCAAAAAGGGAGGAGUGUGGAAACAAAAAAAGAUGUAAUUGAACAAAAUGUAUGUGUGUAUAGAAAAUAGGACAGAGUGAUGAAACUUGUUUGUGUUUGGCGUGCGUGACAAAAAGCAUGUAUACUUUCUGGAAGUUUCUUUUGAUGAUGUGUGUGACAAGAAAAUAUACCUUUAGGGUAAUGACUUUACAAAAACUGGAAAAGUACAAUGAGUCAGGAUGCUAUUUUUUGCUUACAUGGUCAACGAUCAGGAGAUUAGAAAGGUAUAAAAGAACAAGGACAUCUGCGC